CUGUUAUUUUCAGAAAUUUCCCGAAUUAUGGGACGUCAUAGGUCCGAUUAACUUGAAAUAUUGACAAUAAAUUCUUACGGCUCUGGAAUAUUUAAGUCAAAGAACUCAUGGAGCCUUAUGUCACUCACACACCAGACUCUUUGUAAAAAGCAAACACUCGACCAAGUCACCUAAAUGGGUGCCUAGAUCGUAGACGACAAAAAACACGGAGCAGGAGAAAUACAAGACAACCACAAAAAAACCUACACACACCUUAUCAAAUGGCGGCCAAACGCACCCGCGAUGCGGAUAUCGUCAAGCACAAGAUGGACCUGCGGGCCCGCUUCAAGAAGCUGGUGCGGGCGGUGAUCAUGAACCAGUCGUGGCUUUCCGACGAGGAGGAGCAGGGCAUCUCCAUGAACGUGAAGAAGAACGUGGCUCUGAUGCGCCAGAAGCGAAAGCCCGGCAUGAUUACCCUGGCGGAGAAGGCACUGUUGCGAUCCAAUCCCACUUCGAGGACAAUCGAGGAGCGCAAGAAGCUUUGCAUUCUGAUAGCUGGGCUGAACUGUUUCUCUAGGAUUCCACCGAAAAUCAGGGCACGCAUGGUGCCGGUCCUGAAGUUUAUGUCCAUCAAUGAAUCGCGAUUGGUUAUCAAGAAGGGUGACAUGCCCAUCUCCGUCUAUUUCAUACUGAAUGGCGAGGUCGAGAUGGCGAAGACCACAUACAAUAAGACUACGAAACAAGAGGAUUCUGUGCCGGAGGCUAUAUUCGGCCCAGGAGAUUGCUUUGGAGACGUGGAAAUGGUUGAGGAUUGCCCAAGAAUGAAUUCCUACCAGGCCCUGUCUAGUUGUGAGGUUCUGUCGAUAUAUGAUAUGGAGUAUGAACGCAUCUUAAAACCAUUUAUGUUGAAGCAAUGGGACGAAAAGAAGCUCGCACUAAAGGCAUUUGACUAUUUUGAUUUCCUGAGCCCGGAACAGAUCAUCCUCGCCUGCAAGUACGCCUACUUGGUGCAGUACGAACCCCUGGAGACCAUUUACCUGGGGGACAAGGGCUCCCUGGGCUUUGUGCGAUUCGUCCUUAGCGGAGAGUGCGUCAUUUUGCAGUGCUUGAACAUGAAGGUCACGCACAAGGACGGAAAGACCAACUACGAGUUGACCGAAAUUGACAAGGAUAAGGAGGGACUUGACAUGUUUCAGUCCUGGAAGGAAAUUAGCAUGCACGCCUCGUCGUUCGUAGACAUACAGGACAUUUUGGCAUCGUCCUCCUCCUCUGACGACGUCGAAGGUGCCACAAAGAAAAAGCAGACGAUGCGCAAAAUGGGACUCGACGAGAUUCAGAAGUACUGUGGCAUGCGCACCUCCGCCACACCUACUCGACGGAGGAUGAAGCCGAGAAGAACAAUGAAUUUGCAGACUCAGGCUCAGGCCAGGAAAACACAAUUAAUUCAGUCACUGCGGCGAGGCACUCCUUGGCUGCCCGGCGCAGCAUUGAUUUCGGACGACGACGACUCCCUGGGCGACAAUGAAGAUGCCUUCGAUUACGGCGAAGAUCUCCUCGAGUAUGGCUCGGAUGACAGCAGCUAUGAUUCGGACAAUGUUUCCAUGGACAGGACCAUGGUGCAAGUGCAGCUAAAGCGGCACAGCGCCGUGAGUUCCGAGGGAAAGAAAGAGUCCAGUUCAUCAUCGGAAAUAUUCACGGCUAGUUCCUUGACCAGUGAUAAACACAUUGACGAUGGGACCAAGCCAUGUGCUGUCCCGGCUGAGACACACUUCAUAGACGUGGGCUCCCUGACCUACGGAAGUAUCUUUGGUCUGGGCGAGAAGAUGGAGCACCGUGUGAUUAUGGCCCGCACCGCGGUACAGUGCCUGCUCAUCCCGCGCUACUGGCUUCUCGAAGAGGAGCAGAAUCCGGGAAACAUUUGGCACCGGCGCAGGUUCUACUUUGAGUGCAAUGUGCCCUCACGGCAGGACCUGUUCACCAACUUUCUCAAGACCCGGCAGUGGAACAAAUUUCGGCAUGACUACAUUCAAGGCCUAUUAAACCGAGAGGCGAAGGGAAACCUCACCAAGGAGGAAGAUAUUCCAAUCAUGUGCCGCAUCGUAGAGACGAGCGAUGAUGCCAUUUAGUUAAAAGUUCAUCGUGCGGACAAAGGUUCAUUUCCAAAUUUCCUGUGCUCUUUAAUAAAAGAUUAUUGCAUGUUGAAA